ACCCUUUAACAAACUUACGCUUGAUUGCGUCACUGACCUGCGACCGAUAUACCGUGCAUGUAGUAUGCAGAAGAAGUUAAAAGCUAGUUUACUGGAUUUUGCUGCUUGCUGCCAGAUUAAAACGUUAAUGCAUGGAUUAGUGACGACUCUAUGAUGAUGUGACAGCCAACCGUGUCUCAGUGUUCUUGUGGAGCAGUGCAUGUCCCGGCCGCGGGAGGUGGAGGAGGGCAGGCGGAGGGUCUGAGCUCUGUGUCGGCAGCUGUGAGUGUCCGAAAUGGAGACCUGGACCCCCAAUCCCCGAGCCAAGCCUUUCAUCCCGCGCCAACAACGGAGCUUGUAUCUCACCUGGAAAUAUAAACUAACCAACAAGAGGACGAUUCGUCGGUUUUGUCAGGCUGGAGCUGUGCUGUUUCUGCUGAUAACUGUCAUAGUCAACAUUAAACUCAUCCUGGACACAAGAAGAGUAGCUAAUGAAGAUGCAGAAACUCAAGAAUAUGAGGACAUGAUGCCCAACAUGGAUACACCACGCAGGUCAGCUAAUGGACGCAAAGUGCUGGACAUUGAGGUGUACUCCAGCCGCUCCAAGGUCUAUGUGGCAGUGGAUGGAACCACUGUUCUGGAGGAUGACAUGCGGGAGCAGGGCAGAGGCAUCCAUGUGAUAGUUCUCAAUCAGGCAACAUCUCAGGGUCAUGUGAUGGCUAAAAGGAUAUUUGACACCUACUCUCCCCAUGAGGAUGAAGCCAUGAUCCUCUUCCUGAACAUGGUGACCCGGGGUCGAGUCCUCAUCUUUACGAUAAAGGAUGAGGGAACAUUCCACCUGAAGGAUGCUGCGAAGAACCUGCUGAAGAGUCUCGGCAGCCAGGCAUCCCUCAACCUCAGCUGGAGGGACAUGUGGACUCUGGUGGUGAAGAAAGGAGGUCAAGUGUAUGGAGAGAAGCACUCGAAAUCUCCAGCUCUGUCCACCUGGGGAGACCCGGUGCUUCUGAAGACCGAGGUGCAGCUCACUGCCUCUGAAGAGGCAGAGUGCCACUGGGCAGACACCGAGCUGAACAGGAGGAGGAAGCUCUUCUGCAGCAAAGUGGAAGGAUACGGUAGCAUCUGCAGCUGCAAAGACCCAGCGCCCAUCGAGUUCAGUCCUGACCCACUCCCUAACAAUAACGUCUUCAAUGUCCCUGUGGCUGUCAUCGCAGGGAACAGACCCAACUACCUGUACCGGAUGCUGAGGUCACUUCUUUCGGCUCAUGGCGUCAACCCACAGAUGAUCACUGUCUUCAUUGAUGGAUAUUAUGAGGAGCCUAUGGAUGUGGUGGAGCUGUUUGGACUGAAGGGGGUUCAGCACACACCCAUCAGCAUCAAGAACGCCAGAGUGUCCCAGCACUACAAGGCGAGUCUCACUGCAACCUUCAACCUUCACCCAGAUGCUAAUUUUGCUGUCGUCUUAGAAGAAGACCUGGAUAUCUCCAUCGACUUCUUCAGUUUUCUGAGUCAGUCCAUCCACCUGUUGGAUGAGGAUGACAGUCUGUACUGUAUCUCGGCCUGGAACGACCAGGGCUAUGAGCACACCGCAGAGGACCCGGCCCUGCUCUACAGAGUGGAGAGUAUGCCCGGCCUGGGCUGGGUGCUGAAAAAGAGCAUCUACAAGGACGAACUGGAGCCAAAGUGGCCGACACCUGAGAAGCUGUGGGACUGGGACAUGUGGAUGCGAAUGCCAGAGCAGAGGAAAGGCCGAGAGUGCAUCAUCCCUGAUGUAUCACGCUCCUACCACUUUGGCAUCAUUGGCCUCAACAUGAAUGGCUACUUCCAUGAGGUUUAUUUCAAGAAGCACAAGUUCAAUACUGUUCCCAAUGUGCAGCUGAAGAAUGUUGACAGCUUGAAGAAAGAUGCUUAUGAAGUGGAGAUCCAGAACCUUCUGAAAGAAGCCGAGGUGCUGGACCACUCCAAAAACCCCUGUGAGGACUCGUUCCUGCCAGACUCUGAGGGGAAGGUCUAUGUCAUGUUCAUUAAAAUGGAAACAGAGUUGGACACAUCCACCUGGACUGAGCUGGCCAAGUGCCUGCAUGUUUGGGACCUGGAUGUCCGAGGGUACCACAGAGGUUUGUGGCGGCUCUUCAGGAAGAGAAAUCAUGUCCUGGUGGUAGCUGUGCCAAUCUCGCCAUACUCUGUGAAGAAACCAGCCAGUGUCACUCCCAUUCACUUAGAGCCUCCACCCAAAGAAGAGGGAGCACCAGUGGAGCAGAUGUAGACCUGAAGUUAGACACUUUAAUAAGCCCAGGCCUUAACUCUUCUUCACCUUUCUCCACCAACAAUCACUAAUAGCCUGGGACCUUCAGCUAUGAAACAAACUUUUCCUAGAUGUUGAACUUGCAUAUGAGGAUACCUGGGAAAUGGAGUCCUGCUGUUUUUUUCGCCUCCUUAAACAUGGAUGGAUUAACACUACAAGCUGCACUACUACAUCUGUCCACUGGUUAGAAGAUGAUGGUCAAACCGGUUUUGGUUAAAUGUGUGAUGGCACAACUGACACUGGGUAUUACUGUCAACCUCUUUUUCUGUUUCCCUGACAGCUGUGGGGUGGUCCACAGUCAGUUAAAUUUUCAAUUCAAGCUCAAACUUUUCAACAAGAACAGUACAAAUGACAGUUUUCUCCAGUUUUUUUUUUUAACCACUCAAUGCUUAGUCCAUCGUGUACAUAUGUCUUUAACUUAUCUCUAUUUAUGAAUCAAAAAGUGGUUUGUUUGCUUUUUCAUCCAACCCACUUUUUCCAAGAACACUGCAUUUUUUUUAGAAUCUAACGUUUACAGAUAAUGAAGUAAUGUAUAUACAUGCCAAUAUAUUUUUUGAUAAAAUUAAAAGGGUCAGCAUAUUUUCAGCAUUAGAUAUUGAGUGUGAGUGGAAGAGUUUAUAACAGUCCUGUGGGUUUUAUGGACUGCUUAGGUCAGCUGCCUUGGGUCAGGCUUAAUGAGGAAAAACAAACAUGGUAAAAUAUUCCAUUUUUACACCAAACAGUACACUGCAAGUUUAUACAGGAAUAAUGCAGUUUAUGUCUGCUCUGGUUGUACCAUGGUUUGGUUUUCUGCUAGUGAGUACAUUCACUAAGGGUGGGUGUUGAUACAGAACACGACUGUCUGGUCCUGAAAAUGACUUGGCACCCAAAUCUGGAUAUCUUGUCAAAACAACACUACUAAUAAAGAGUUUCAGCUGGAAUUUACACCAGAAAAGUGUAAAAAUCCAAGCAUUUUAAUUUUUAACUUCAAAAUGAUCAAAGUAGUUUUUUCUGCUUUACCAAAAUGUAAUGGCAUUUUGCUGCUACUGUUAAGUACUAAUUAGAAAUGUUGUGUUCCUUGGGAUUGGGAUGUGUCCCUGUAGUGACAUUGGCCAGGUUGUAUGCUCCUCAUAUAGUCAGAAUCCUGAGAGGCCACCUGGGUAGUUGCAGGCUUCAGGUAACUGCAGUUACCACGUUACAGGAACGCAGAUAUUACAAUGGCCCUCGUGUAUUUUAUGACCUCAACAGCUGCUGCUGCAGUUUUAACUUAUCUUUGCUACAUCCAGCAAUGUGAGGAGGUACUUAUUUGCCUUUUGCUUUCCCUGUGGGUUUCUCUUUGUUUUUUUUGUUUGUUUUUGUUUUUUUGCCUCCAAACCUCCCUUCUUUUUCCACAACCAAAAGAAGCAGCUGUUUUGAAUGGGGUGUUUUUGUUUAUAGCUUAUACUUCCACCUUCUAGCUCUUCUUCCUUCAGGUUCUGAAUGGCGAAUACUGAUACCACCCCCUGCUCGUAGAGGGAGUUAUCUCUGUUACGCAGGUGCAGAGUGUACAUUCUUGUUGGCUGUGACCUGUGCGGUGUGUUCAAAUGACACUUUUUCAACCCGACUGGCCCAGAAGAAGGUGACAUGAGGGACUCAACAGCCGACCUACAUCGCUGCUAGUUCUUUCAGGUCGGCUUCUUAUGUCUCUGCCUUUAAACAGCUAAAAUCUGUAAUACAGAAGCUAAUGGUGAACAUAGUUGUGACUGCUGCAUUAGGUUCAUUACCUGAAAAUCACACCUCAGUUAUUUUUCAAAACAACAGGCAGCCUUUCUCGUUAGUCAGCCUUAAACUUCAGUCAUGGGGGAAAUGAUUCUGUGGCUCUCGUGUUGACUCUGAAAACAGUUUGUCCAAGUUGAUGGUGAUUGGCCCUGUUAUCUGGCCAUAAGAGGACUUACAAUUAUCUUACAUGUACCAAACCCGCAUCACAAUUACUUGAAUAAAUAAGUGCUUCUUUUGGUGAAUGGUUUGUUUUCAUACAGUGUAGAGCAACAACAACACUAACAUCUUACUGCAAAACCUGGAUGACGUUUUUCCUCAAUACAGUGUACCACAUUUCAGCAUUUAUACAUAUUGUGUAAACAGUAAAUGCUUUAUAACAAACAAAUUUAAGGCCGUUUUUAAGUGUUUAGUGUGUGUAUUUGUGUGUUCAGACAACCACAUUCAACUGUCUGCUCCAAGAUCAUCCUGUCAGAAAGAGUCCGUUACUGAGCAGUAUUACACUCCUUGUUAUGACUGAAUGAACAAAUAUUUGUGUCCUGGAUGUUUCACUUUUGUUUUAAGACGAUGAGGAUAGAGAUCAUUUUUGUCUUUCAUGUAACUCCAGUUUCUGUGGUGGUAUGUGUGCUGCUUUUUGACCCACAAGGGUUUCACAAAAUAAGUUGUUUUCUCAGCAAUACAGUUGUUUUUGUUUAAUCCUAAUGCUUUAUUUAAUAAUUUUGAAAAAUACUGGAAGGUACCAUUAGGAGCAACAGUGGACAUACUGUAACUUUCAGAUGCGGUUUAAUAUAUGUAUGAGGUCCUUGAUCUUUUAUCAAAUAAAUGAAUAAAGAUGUUUUU